AUGAGUCGAGCCAAAACCCCGGAAAAAGCCGUCAGCUCGGGGCGCAGCGCUUCCUCAGCACGCGACAGCGACUCCGAAACGCGCAACGCGUACGUUUCGCGCUCCCUGCUCUCGAAUCGUCACACAGACACUUCCAGCGCCGCCCCCGUCAGCGAGCCGCCCAGUGAUGCUGGAUCAAUCGACAGUCCUGAAAAAUGGUCCCUUCGCGAGGCGGCCAAGGUGGAAAAUGCGUUCGACCUGUUCAAGCAGAGUUCGGUGCCGUUCUUCAUCGCUGGGCUGGUGUCCAUCUCCUGCGGCCAGGUGUUGAGCCUCGCGUCCCGUUCCAAGCUUUUCGAAUCUACUCCGGAACUGUUGUGCCUCUCCAUACCGCUGAUGGGGCUGAAGGGGAACAUUGACAUGACGUACGCGUCGCGGUUGACGACUUUGGCUCACCAGGGAGCCCUCCGUACCUUCGACGACCUGAUGGACCGGAUGCCGGCCUUCUUGGCGACUGUCCAGACGCAAGCGAUCCCGAUGGCCAUCUUCAGCGCGAUGAUCACCUACCUGCUGAUGAUCGUCGACCGGCUGCUGGGGUUGAGUGACCCGGAUGCCUCCCAACCGACCGAAAACAUCCGCAACUUGCCGCUGAUCGCCGGCACAUCGCUGCUGACAAUUUGCCUCUCUGCCGGGUUGCUGUGUUGCUUGACGGGGAUGUUGGUCUUCUGCUCGAGAAAAUGUCGCUUCAACCCCGACAACGUGACGGUGCCCCUGGCGGCGUCGACGGGAGAUCUGGUGUGCAUCGUAUUGCUUUACGGUACCAGCCACCUGAUCAACCUCAUCCACCGCGCAUACCACUGCCCGCUCUACAUCCUGCUCGUCGCCUUCGUGCUGCUGCUACCGAUGUGCGCGUACUGCGCGCUGAAGACUGAUCUUGGCCGGCGCACGCUGAAGUUUUGCUGGGUCAGCCUGACCGUCUCGGCGUUGUUGCAGUGCAUUGGCGGCUGCAUCCUAAACUACACGGCUCGGCGGUACCCCGACUGCACACUGUACCAGCCGAUACUAACGGGAAUCGCCGGAAACCGGGUGGGCGUGUACGCGUCGCGGCUGGGCACCUUUUUGCACAGUAAGGGCAACUUGAAGACGGGCACCUUCCCCGAUCAGCUGCCCUACCUGAAGAUGGCCAACCCGUUGAGGGUGUUCUACCGGAGUGAUUCUGACGUCAAAGCCGGGCGCAUCCUCGUCUUCUCCUCUCUGCCCUACCAGCUAGCGUUCAUCCUGAUCGCCUACGGCUUGGGCACCGCCUUCAGCACCACGCUGAUGAAACCCCGCUUCCACUGGUCGUUUGCCCUCAGCUACCUGUGCUUUGCCGCCAUUCAGAUCACCCUGUUGAUGAUCUGGGGCCAGCUGACCUGCUACACGAUGUGGGCACUCGGCAUCGAUCCGGACAUCCACUCCAUUCCGCUACUUACUGGCCUCGGCGAUCUUCAGGGCUGUGCCCUCCUCCUGCUCCUCUUCGAGCUCCUAAGCAUCUACGCCCCCGAGGACAUCAACUUCAUCGACCCGAUGGCUGGAGCGAGCACCACCACAAUCACCUCGACCACCCUCGCCUCGAUGAUCGCCAACUCCACCACAACUGCUCUCCUU